AUGAAAGUCAGGUCCUCCAGGUUGAAUGUAGCAUGGAAUGCUCUCUGCACUGGUGAACAAGAGCAAAGUCACUCAGCAGGUACUGAUAUAGUUCAUGGUAGAUGGUAUUUAUUAUAGAAUUGCAUAAUUGAGUAAAAUCACUCAUUCUGAUUGGUUAACGAAGAGAGGUAUUCAGUGUGGAAUUGCGAGUUGAAAACGAGGCUAAGGGAUGUUUUUUCGCAUCUACGUAACAACUAUCGUCAAAUUGUAACACAACAACUGCAAAAAAGGUUUUCUACAAUGUCAUUUUAAAACGUUUUCAAAAUCAUUGUCACCUUUUGUAUAUCCUUUCUUAACAUACUGUAAUGUUGCCUGAUCCUCCACCUACUGUUCCAGCCUAAACUGUAUUUACCUUUUGCAAAAGCGUCUAGUGCGGCUCAUAACAAAAGCUCACUAUCUAGCAAAUACCGCCCCUUUGUUUAGCCGGCUUAAAGUCCUUGACAUAUUUAGUAUUAAUUUAUUUUCUGUCACUACUUUUAUGUAUUGUUAUCACCAUAAUCUUUUGCCUAGUAGCUUUCGUGACUUGUUCUUAAGUAGUAAUCUGAAGUCCAUCAAUACCAAAAUUCGACUGGCCUCUCAGUAUAGACCUCAUUUUUGUAGAUCAAAUAUAAAGCAAUUCAGCAUCCUUUACCGAGGACCUAAAAUCUGGAAUUAGUGCCUGUUUCACUAAUUAGCUCUCCUUCUAUAUUUGUUGUUACAAAAAUUUUAAGAAUUAUCUCACUGAUAGCCGAUCUGUCGCUUAAUUUUCUGAUCUUGCUCACUCUGCACUCAGCCAUGAAUUUAGUUCUCUAGGUAGUUGAAGGAAGCCUAUUAAUAUAAGCUUCAAGCUUCGUUAGACUUCCUUGUCACAUUAAUUUUAUAAUUUAAUUAACACCUUUUGUUUAUGUUGCAUAAGGUUUUGUGAGUGACUAAAUAAAUAAAUAGUUAAAAACAAACAAAAGCAUUUUUUAAAGUGAUCCGGAGGUUCUUCCUUGUUUUGAACUAAACUACAAAUUCUUAGAGAGGUAUAAAAACCCCUUUAAGCUAGCGACAAUGAGAAAACAAGAAAAUCCUGUCAACACAGCCCAGAAAAUAACAAGCCAAAUUCAAACAAACAAAACGGAGAAGCGACAAUGGAGGAAGUGCCAGGGUCAAUUGUCACAUAUACAGAAGAAAAAAAGAAAUACCUUCAAAGAUCACAUUGUCCCUGAAAACACGAAAAAGAGUAUGCCACUUGCAUUCAUCCUGAGUCGUGGUACUUAGAAAAGUACAAAACAGAGCUGAACUUGAACAGCAUUUUUAAAACAUUUCAAGGUACUUACCUUAUAUCAAUCGCAACGUUAAACUUUCAGUGCUUUGCCUUGGACACUUCAUUUCUUUCAGUUUUGCUACCGAAGAGGUAAAAGGUGUAAAUUAUUUUCCUUCGCGAGCAAAUGACCAAUUUGAAAAAGGAUUAUAGAUAACCGGCUUGUAAAUUCAGUGAAAUACCUCUAUUUAUCCUUACAAUUAGUGUGAAGCUUGUUCAUGUGUAAAAAAGUUUGAAAACAAUGUAAAAACAAGCACAAGGUACAAAAAAAGUUGUCAAAGGUUCAAACGUGUAUGACUGACCUUGCUUCCUAUUUGCUAAUGCAAUGAUAGGUUUGACAUUUGACUUUGAAAUGGCUUUCUGGGGCGCGUGCUCAGGAUAAAAACAAACAAUAUUAUUGGUGUUUUCUUUUUUUUUCUGAUUUUUAUUUGAUUAUGCGAUUCAAGGAAAAUCCAUUACCUGACUCGUGAAUUCCACGUUAAAUUGCACUUGAAAACCGAUAUCGGUUUUUAGGUGUGCAAUUUAACGUCAAUUCCUCAGGUAAUGAAUUUUCCUAUAAAACUUACUAAUAUCGUGGAAAAAUUUCUUGAAUCAGAUUGGCUUAGAGCAGUGCAGUUUUUAGUAAACACAGUACAAAAACAAGGAAACAUAAUGCAAAAAUAAGGAAAUGAAGUGCGAAUUUCUCAGAGAAUGAAAACCUGUGAUUGGCUAAUAAACAAUCAGUGUUCUCCAGAAGCGCAGGCAACUGGCAGUUUCACUGGGAACUCUUUUCCAAAGUGCCAGCUACUCUUAUGAGUCAAAACAUAAAAAAAAACUGUCUGUAACUUUUAUCUUCAAUUUUUCGUAAGUUCCAUUUUUUUCCGCGAAGGAUAAAACGGCACCCAAAGCAAAUCGUGUUAAUUCAUUUCUUAGAAUACUAGAACCUGCAAUUUCAUCGGGAAAAUAACAAACAAACAAAAAAGCCACGAGAGCUUGUUUGAAAGUUUAUCGAAAAACACAUGAAAAUACAUGGAACUAAAGUGCCUUGAACAGCUACAAAAGAAGACAGGUGUUGUUUAUUCAUGGUUGCGAAGCCACUCGCUGAGGCACUUGCUGAUAGAUAGCUGCGGCUUGUUUAUCUGACAUGAAGAAUAUAAAUCACAAGCAACUAGAAUACACGCUAUGCAGCCAUUCACUACAGCAAUCGAGGCGUCAGUAAAGCUUCUUUUCUUGUUCAGCAAAACCAGCUUGUGGCUUCAAACAACGUCAUAACAAGCGACCAAGGUAAUAGUUUUUCUCCGUUGUUCUUACUUUUGUAACUGCUCCAAAAGUCCAAAUUCACAGUAAUUUUGAUGGCUGUUAAGAAUUAUUUUUCUUCACAUUAUCUGCCAGGUUUUUUUAGCUGUCCCGCUGUGUAAAAUCCUAGAAUCUCGAUGAGUUUUUAAAAGUGUUCAUCUUUACAAUGUUUUGAUUUUUCAUUCAUCCAGUCCAGGAGAGUCGGUUCAUGCGUUGACAGUUCUGAUAGACAUGUGACAUUUGAAUAGCGGAACUCCCUUGUCUUUUCUGGUUUGUUCUAACAAGAUUCAAAGGGAUUUUGUGGGCGUUUUUAAUAAAAUAAUUAUUCCACUUGCGCUUGUUGGAUGAGAUGAUUAUUGCCAACUCGGCGCUAUGCGUCUCGUUAGCUAUUUUCCAUCUCAUAUCCAACGUGCCCUCGUGGAAUAAUUGUUAAUUAUAAAAUAACUAAGAUAGUACGUGCAUUCUGAUUGGUUAAAAACCAAUAGUUUAUUGUGCCGGUAAAAUCAUAGAAAACUGAAACAUGCUUUAAAGUUAUUUUAUAAAAGUAAAAGACCACAUUUUCUAAAGGUUUGCUGGUGUGAUAACCCACUUGGGAUGUUGGGAGAAGACUGGAAAAGCUUGUAAACCACCAGCUUAACUUAUCAGAUCUCUGGGCCUCAUGCCCCCAAACCCCCCCUUAGAUACAGUACUCUCGCUUUACCAGCACUUGGUGUCAGGCACCAGUUACUUUACUUUGGGAGCUGGCUACUCUAAAACUUCUGGAGAACACUGAACAAUAGAAAUAUAUAAGAACCAAUGAGCCCCAGGUGUCACAAUCUGCUUGCUUAUCUUCUUAGCCAUGGAAGAACAUGAAAGUCAGGUCCUCCCGGUUGAAUGUAGCAGAAAAUGCUCUCUGCUUGGUGAACAAGAGCAAAGUCAAUCAGCAGGUACUGAUAUAGUUCAUGGUAGAUGGUAUUUAUUAUAAAACUUAAUAAAUAUACAUGGAAAAAUUUCUUGAAUGAGAUUGUCUUAGAGCGGUGCAGUUUUUAGUAAACACAGUAAAAAAAACAAGGAAACAUAAUGCAAAAAAAAGGAAAUAAAGUGCAAAUUUCUCAGAGAAUGAAAACCUGUGAACAAUCAGUGUUCUCCAGAAGCGCAGGCGACUGGUGGUUUCGCUGGCUACUCUUAUGACUCAAAACAGUAAAAAAAACUUUCUGUACCUUUUAUCUUGAAUUUUUCAGAAGGUCCUAAAAGAAACAAAAACAAUAGCUUGUCGUACAAAAAGCUCUUUGGUGUAUGACAAUUUGCCUUUUGCUAAUGGUAUUAUCGAUAUAUUUAUUGAAUGAUUUUUGAUGAGACAUUGCCAGAUAAUAUUUUUUAAUUAUAAAAUAACUAAGAUAGUACAUGCAUUCUGAUUGGUUAAAAACCAAUAGUUUAUUGUGCUGGUAAUCUCAUAGUAAACUGAAACAUGCUUUAAAGUUAUUUUAUAAAAAGUAAAGACCACAUUUUCUAUGGAUUUACCAGCAUGAUAACUCACUUGGUCCUUGGGAGAACUUGGGAAAAAAGCUUGUAAAUAACGAGCAAAACUUCUCAGAUCUCUGGGCUUAAUGCCCCCAAACCCCUCCCUUAGAUACAGUACUCUCGCUUUAUCAGUGCUUGGUGUCAGGCACCAGUUUCUUUUGCUUUGGGAGCUGGCUACUCUAAAACUUCUGGAUAAUGUAUCGGUCAAAUGGAAGCUUCAACAUGCCCCCCCGGCAACCCCCAGGCAUUUGACUUUUUGAAAAUUAUUGUUCAAAUUCCCCCCCUACCGGGCCCAAAAUGCCGUUCAAAUGCCCCACACUAGGGUCCAUUCAGGUGAUCAAAUGCCCCCAUCCUGGGGACAUUUCACAGGCACAAAAAGGACAGAAGGACGGUGAAACGCCUUCAGUUGUCGAACAAAAUCUUUAUAAAUAUAACAAAAACACUGUUAGCGUAUUUACUACGAACAAAAAACUCGUGCAAAGCGGCAGAAAUCGCUGCUACAAGGUCACUGAAUGCUCAGCUUUUCUUCAUCAUGCAACAUCAAAGGGUUCUAUAAAAAGAUCCCACCUAUUGAGAUUACUACAUUAUGACCAUUUCACUGACAUGCAUCAUCGCUCACCGUAUAAAUUAACAUACUUGCAGUAGGUCAAAGUAGUUGACCUGAUCUUUUUUUUUUUUUUUUAUUCUAUUUUAUGUUGUAGUAUUGAAUCGCUGGCAUAGGUAUUGUAUUUCAUUGUAAACACAACAAUAACAUACAUUCAUACAUUCAAAGCCUGAAUCCAGUAUUAAAAAUUUUAAAAUUUAAAUACUUCAAAAACGGCACAAAAGUUGUUUAAGCCCUUUCCUUGUAACCAAUUGGCCACAAAGGCACAAUCUUUUCCUCGAAAAUCCUCUAACACCGCGUCCCCCAUGAUAGCUCGUCACACCAAAGAUUUUACAUGAAAUCGAGGGUGCAGUUCAAAUUCCCCACCCCUAAAGCCUGGGGAUCAAAUUCCCCACCCCCUGGAAGACUCUGAUAAUCAAAUUCCCUCCUCCCCGGGACGGCAAAGGUGUCAAAUGCCCGGGGUAUGCCCGGGGGAGGGCAUGUUGAAGCUUCAAUUUGACCGAUACAUAACACUGAACAAUAGAAAUAUAUAAGAACCAAUCAGCCUCAGGUGUCACAAUCUGCUUGCCCAACUUAUUAAGAUUAUAUCUUAUCUUCUUAGCCAUAGAAGAACAUGAAAGUGAAGUCCUCCAACUUGAAUGUAGCAUGGAAAGCUCUCUGCCAGGUGAACAAGAGCAAAGUCAUUCAGCAGGUACUGAUAUACCGGUAGUUGUUUAUGGUAGAUGGUAUUUUAUUAUGAAAGUUAAUAAUAUACAUGAAAAAAUUUCUCUGUGAAUUUGAUUGGCGUAGAGCAGUGUACUUUUUAGUAAACACAAUGGAAACAUAAUGCAAAAAGAAAGAAAUAUAAUGCAAAUUUAUCAGAGAAUGAAAAACUGUGAUUGGGCCAAUAAGCAAUAGAAAUUUAUCAGAACUAAUUAAGUGCCACAGUUUGCUGGUGGGAAGCAUGUAUACUUUUAAAACUUCCCCCUUUUUGGUGUAAUUAAUUAUGCUCUGUUGUCUUACCUAAGUAAUCUUUCCUUUUUCUUGUAACACUUUUUUUCUCAAUAUUUUAUUUUAUGAAUUUACCUGAUUAUUUUUAUUUAUUUAUUCAUUGUGGGUUGUUUUUGUUUUCAUUUUUGUAACCAAGAUUUUGAAAUUAAUAAAGGUGUGGGUGGGCGUGUGUGUGUAACAAAUAAGAAUGUUAAAACUUUCAUAUAUAUAUUUUUUACAUGGACUCAAAAGAGCAGCUAUAUAAUCAGUGAUUUUGUUACCUCUGCAUUCUAUCUAUGUUCCUUACACAUAAAAAUCGCCAAAGACAUAAAAUAAUUCAUGGAUAUAUCGAUCUGAACGUGUGUAUUUGUAGAAAUAUCCCAUACGUGUAAUUUCUGUGGCAGUUAUGGUUGUUGUUUAGUGAUUCAUAUUUGUUUUAGCCUUUGUUGACUUCUGCUUUAAAAUAGAAGAACUAUAUUUUAAUUUCAGUAUACUAUAAUACAGAGUUUUGGAGUGUGUCUUCAGAUUAACUGUCUGUGGCUGGUACAUAAAGGCCCAAACAUUUUCCAUUUUGGACUCAUUUUUUUUAACUGGGACUCAUUGGUUCUGGACUGGGACUCAUGAUUUUCUCACAAGAUGAGUCCCAGAAUUCAUCAUAUUUAUUUGUAACAAAAACACUGUAUAAUUCAUUGAUUAGACCUUUUGUCAUGUAAUUCAAGUGUUGUUGUUGUGGUAAACAUGACAAGUCAUCAUGUCUGUACUUAAUUCUCCAUGACUGGAUUGUAGGAUUUUUGUUCUGUUUGUAUUUGAUCGUGCAUUAUUAUUAUGGGAAAACUUACCUUAGGGUCGCAUUACUUUGACUAGGACAAAGUUAAAAUACAUGGAAUUCUCAUAGAGAUAAUUAUUUUUUUGGAUUAUAAUAAUGAGUUCAUUGGUUGGGUCACUCCCAUUAUAUUUGAUGACUGGUUUAUGAAAUAUCAGCACUUAGAAAAUGAUUGUCAAGGUUGUUGUAUUAUCCGAAGUUUCAAAAGUAGAAAUAUUGUGUAUUUUCUAUUUGAAAUCAGGUUUUGAGAACACUUCCACAGAUACAGCUUUAUAAUAGUAAUUCUUGUACAGUUAUACAAGCAUGCAGUACUAGGGUGUGAAGAAAAGGAGGUCAGUUUUGUGCUUGUCCUUCGGGAAGGCUGUAGCUUGCAUCUGUUAGCCCAAGAAUCACAACUCUAUUAUCCCUCAGGCAUGAUAAAAAAUAGAAUCCACUAGCCCCAUAGCUUAUAUGAAUUGUGUAGUUGGUUAAUACAAAUAAUUCAUUUACUAGGAGAAGAGUUGGAACAACACACUCCUGCAGUAGAAAAUGGCCCAAUUGAGGGAGCAAGCAAUGUGCAGGAAACACAGCAACCUCUUCCAGAAGUAAAUAAUAGUAGCCACUUAGAAGAUGACCGCCUAAUUGCUAGAGCAAGGGCAGUUGGUGUGGACUAUGAGUUUCCAAAGCCUGGUGAAGUGAAAACGGAGGAUGACAGAAGAAAAGAUUUUAUUUACUUGAAUCCAGUCCAUUCCUUCUUCUCUCCAACAACAAUGAUAUAUUAA